CACCUGUCUGUCAGUCCAGCCUCUUGAUCUGAUGUCUUCUUUCUGGAAUGGCCUGCUUCAUCCUGUCCCUGAAAGGCCUCCACUACUGGUUUUUGCAACCUGGCUCUCUGCUGCCCCCGCCUGUCUAGAAUCAAGACUGGCAGCAGCCACCUAGAUAUCCCCCUGCUCUGCUAGGCAGAGAUCUAGUUCUUGGAAUAGGGUUCUUGGGACCAUCUUUCCUCCAGCUUGCCUGGCCUGAAAUUUCUGAUGAGGGAAGAAGAUAGCAAUGACACAGACAUGCAGUGUCAUCUAUACCUCUCUAUCUCUGAUUCUUGUGUGGUCUGGUCUUGCUACCUCCCUGUCACUUUCCUGCAUGACUUCUUGAUCUUUCUUUGAAAUCUUUUGCAAUUGCUAUGUGAUAAGCACUUUUAAAUAUGUUGAGUACGUUGUCUUUUCCUUUGCCAGUUUCACUCAUGUAUGUCUGAUUCCUCUAAAGAGGAAUGCAGGCCCUUAAGAGCCGUCCUGCCCGCGCGUCUCUGUCGUGGCGUGGCCUCCCUCGGUCUCCUCUGCAAAUGGGCUCCGUGGCCUAGCGCCCCCGUCCCCGCCACCCGUGAUCGUGGGCCGAGGCCCGCGAGGGGUCGCCGCCCAUAUCCCACCAGCCAGCAAGCUAGAGCAUGGCGGCCAUCCCCUCCAGCGGCUCCCUCGUGGCCACCCACGACUACUACCGGCGCCGCCUGGGUUCCACUUCCAGCAACAGCUCCUGCAGCAGUACCGAGUGCCCCGGGGAAGCCAUUCCCCACCCCCCAGGUCUCCCCAAGGCUGGCCCGGGUCAUUGGUGGGCCAGCUUCUUUUUCGGGAAGUCCACCCUCCCGUUCAUGGCCACGAUGUUGGAGUCCGCAGAGCACUCGGAACCCCGCCAGGCCUCCAGCAGCAUGACCACCUGUGGCCUGGCUCGGGAAGCCCCGAGGAAGCAGCCCGGCGGUCCGUCCAGCACAGCCAGCGCUGGGCCCCCGUCCUGACCUGAGCGGUUACCAACAGCCGCAGGCCUGCGGAGGCGCUAGUCCACCAGAGCCCCUCCCCGCCCCCUCCCCACUCCCCACCCCACCCCCUCCCCGCUCCCCGCCCCCCUCCCCACCUCCCACCCCCUACCCUGU